AUGAUAAUUGGGCAGGCCCGGACAGGGAAAACCAGUCUGAAGAGGUCGUUAAAAGGGGAACUGUUCAAUCCAAAUGAAGGAAGCACGAAAGGGAUAGAGACAGAUCCGUCCUAUUUUAAAGUCUCGACAGACGUCUGGAGAACAGGCCAGAAAAGCGAAGAUACCGAAUCAGAGCCAACGUUUUUGUUAGACCACCAGGUAGCCCAAAAGAUAACUGAAAGCUUAAGGAAAGGAGACCGUUUCGGGGAUCCUAGUACUAGCAGGGCCAAGCCAUCAGUUAACGAUUCCAUUCCUAGCAGUAGCGGGAUGGACCCUUCACUUCAAGACUCCAAAGUAGUCGAUCUGAGCAGUAGCAGAACCGAGCUGUCACUUGACGCCUCCAAUGUAUCUGAGAAAGCCCAAACCAGUUCAUCACGUACAGAACAGAGCGGAAGCGAUCCAUCACUUCAAGACUCCAAAUAUCAUCUGUCUGUUCCAGAAUUACCAGAAAACGUAGCAGCAUUAGUUCAAAAUUUGCUUGAACAUAGCCAAGAGUUUGAGGACGAAGACAACAUAUAUUCCAUCAUUUGGGAUUUUGGAGGACAAUCUGUUUACUACGCCACACACCCAAUUUUUCUAACAAAACAAGCCAUCUACAUUUUAGCAUGUGAUCUAAGUCGUGAUCCAGACCAGAAAGCCAAAGCUCCCACGAAAAAAGGCAUGUAUGAAAAUAAAAUAGACACUCACUGCAAAAAAACAAAUCUCGACUAUCUUGACUUUUGGAUGACAUCAGUUUAUUCUUUGGUUAGUCCAAGUACUAACCGUCAGGAAACCCUGUCACCUGAAAUGUUGCCUGCAGUAUUCUUGGCGUGUACGCAUGCUGACAAGCCUUACAAAACCAAGGCUAACCCCAAAGAACUUGCGGAAAAAAUCUUUGCUACUUUAAAAGACAAGAUUUAUGGUGAUCUUCUAAAAGACGUGUUUGUUGUAGACAACACAAAGUCAGGUGGUAAUGAUGAGUGCCAAGACGUGAAAAAUCUGAGAGAAACAGUACUUUCUGUUGCCAAGGACCUUCCACAGAUUAAAAAGGCCAUUCCUUUAAAGUGGCUGAAGUAUGAAAAGGUUCUCCGUCUGCUGAGCGAGGAAGGAUAUAGGUGGAUACCCAUCGAUCGCGCCAGACAGAUUGCUUCUGAUGAGUGUGGAAUUGAUGACGAUGAACAGUUUCGAACACUGCUUAACUUUUUACACGACCAGAGAAUUUUGAUUCAUUUUAGUGAAACAGCAGAUUUGGAAAAAAUGGUUAUUUUGAGCCCACAGUGGCUCAUUGACAUCUUCAAGGAGGUGAUUACUGUUAAACAUUUCAAGCAAACGGAUAAAAGAGUUGCGAGAUUAUGGCGUGAUUUUGAAAAGACUGGAAUCUUAGAUGAAACACUUUUAAGUCAUGCGUGGAGACCCUUGUCUGAUAAUCGAGAAACCUACGAGAACCUCAUUGCUAUAAUGGAGAAAUUUAGCCUACUUUGUGCAUGGCCCUCAGACGGGACCACUCAGAAGUACCUUGUACCGUCCAUGUUAAUGUCUCCCCCAACAGAUGAUGUCCUUAAGCACCUUGAUUGUGUACGGACCCCUUCACUUUUUGUGGUGUUUGAAUCAGGCAGAGUUCCUCCAGGCUUGUUCUCGCGACUUGUUCUGCAGUUUCAUUGGUUGUGUCAAAAGGAGUGGAAGGGCGAGAUAAAUCCUGAUUUGUUCAAUAAUUUUGCUAUGUUUCACAUUCUUCCUGAUCGUGCAAUUUCUGUAGUAUUUAUGUUGCAUUCCUCGUCCAUUGAAAUAGUUUUUCACGAUGGAAAGGAUGUUCGUGAUCUAAAUACAAGCCGAACCAUUUAUUCGCAACUGAAAUGUCUUCUUGAACACAUUUGCAAGGAGUUCUUCUGGUUGAAGCACGCGAAGUACAAAAUGUGCGUUUGCUGUCCGGUGUGUUCUCAAGAAGGCGGUGUCAAGUGCCGUGAUCAUGGCAGGCGUGGUUGCGAUUGUGUGCACUUUUUGUCGGAGUCAGAGUUGCGUGAGCGGCAACAUUGCAGUGAAUCUGGCAUUUUUGGGGAUCGCACAAUUACUAUCACGAUGUUUGAACAUUGGUUUGCUUUCCCGGAUUCUCAGCAAAGCAACAUUCCUCUCACUAAGGUUAGUUCUUAAAUUCGCUUUUCCAAAACACGAUCGCGAGUGGCUCAUUCGGCAAUCAAGACAUUUUAGGUACAAGCUUUGGUCACGAUGGUUUCUGGGAUAGUUUGGGUGGAUAAACAUUGGUGGGUGUUUCUCAAAUAGGCCAUUUGCACGAUGGCGUCAUUUUACUACUACUACCACUACCACUACCACUACCACUACCACUACCACUACCACUACCACUACCACUACCACUACCACUACCACUACCACUUCUACCACCACUACUACCACCACUACUACCACCACUACUACCACCACUACUACCACUACUACCACGACUACCACCACCACCACCAGAAAUUUCAAUAUGAAAGGAAGAACGAAAUGAAUUCUGGUCUUAGUAGUAAAAAGACAUCGUGCAAAUGGCUUAUUGGCUGACCAUUCACAACUAACACUUCCUCCUAAAUGAGUCCAGAAAUCCUCCUGCCGAAAGCAUCCUCCCCUUAAAUUCCCAAAAUAAACUUACCAAUAAGAAGUCGAGCGUGGCAUUGAAUAACGUGGAGUUAAAGUUCCACUGAAGUCCGGUCUUUUAAAGGUAAUAUUAAGACUGGUGAUGCCUGGAAGCCACCUUUCAAAGAUGCAAAAGCACUCGAGGUGAAGAUACAUCAUGGCACGAUUUUGAGCGGACUCGUAGAAUUGUUUGAUAGCCCCAAGCAUUGUAAUGCACUCAUCGAACGAUUCCGAGAAGCAGUUGCUAUGGAAGGAGAGGGUGAAGGUGAGUUUUUGGCAAGAGUAAACUUUUGGUGACCUUGGCCAUUAGACCACAGUUGGCAGGAUGACUCAAGUCAGUGAAUUGAAAUAAAUGCCCAAAUCCUUCAAAUUCCUUGUUAACAGAAUACCUUUCAGUGAAUCAUUCUAUGAAUAGAGAUUAAUUAAAUGGAAACUGUACAGGAUCGUUCAAAGUGGAUCAGUAUUUAUUAUAUGCUUUCAUCGGUCUUUGAAACUGAUCCUAAGGCCCCCACUGACAUUGAAAUUAUCUUUUAAAUUUGUAAUAAUAACAAUAGUGAUGAUCGUAAUAAUAUUAAUAAAUGAUAAUAAUAAUUUGUUAUUAUUGUUUUUGUUAUCAGAACUUAAAGGGAAAAAUCAAAUAUUAUUGUCUGGUAUUUCAUAAUGGAUGCUUGGCUGGAGUUGCAUUACCGAGUCCUUAAUUAAUAUUUCUUAUGAUUUAGAGUCAUUUUGUGUAUCUGUAUUUACAGCAGCAAGAUGUGACUCAACGUGACAACAAUGACGAACACUGCAUAACUCCUAAGAAAGGUAAGCCCCCCCCCCCCGGCCCAUUUAUUCUGGUUUUUGGCAAACAUUAACUUUCUGAAAACACGAAAACGGUUCGCUUUUAGAAAAGUUUCAGUUAGCGGGAAUCGGAAGGGCAUAUGAAAAUUAGGUCACCUGUAAAUUUUCUGUGGUAUAUCUCGAAAGUAGCGAUUGCUUUGGCCGCCGAAAAUUAGAAGGAUUUGUAUGGGAAAAACAACUCUUGCCAACCAGUCACGCUUGAGUGGUUUUCCAUACAAAUCCUUGUCAAUUUGGAAAAUUUUAAACUGUCGUUAACUCUUUCCCUUAAGCAUUUAAAGGCUCAAUUGUACGUUAUGAAGGAAAAAGAAAAUUUGAGCCCAGUUAUGCUUAAGAAAGUAUUUUACGACAGUUUGGAAAAUUCGAAAUUUUUGUUGACCAUCUGGGAGUGCGAAAGGAUAUUGUCAGUUACUACGGUUAUAUUAAGUAAGGCCUACCUUUGACUGAAGUUUAAUGUUAACCUCUGCAAUCUGUUUUGUAUUAUUUUGUGUUUUAAAUUUAUCUGGCAAGCAGAUCAGAUUUCAUGUUGUUCAUUUUCUGCGUGAAGUUUUGAUAUUUGUAGUUUGUAAAUCACCGUUACUGUCUCCGGAGCAAAAUAAUGAUUUAUUUUUUCAUGUCCAGUCUUUUAUGUCUGAAUCGACGAGAUUUUGUUUUGCUGCCGCUUUGACUAGUAACUAUUUAAUGUAAUUUUUCUAUUUAAUGUUAUUUCGAAAAGAGCUCUCUUGAUAAGUUUUUUUACUCUUAAGGCAAACUUCGUCAAUAAAAUAUGUUAAAAUAAAUUUUUAAAAAAAAUCAAAACGGACGAAAAUCACGAGAGUAUCGAAACAUUUACUUCCCUCCCCCUUUGCCUUAUCACCCCUCUCUGUCGAACGCACUCCCCUAAUUUGCAUUUAUUUAUUUAUUUGCAGGACUUUUACAGAGCAAAAAAACAGAUACAAUGGGGAGGGUCAAACAACAGAGCGAUGCUUCAAUAGACCCUUCCACGGUUUUUUCAACUUUUUCAUGACUGAGGAAAAAUCCGUCGACACCCCUGCAAGGAAGGCCUUAAAAUUAGCAAAAUUGUCAAGUCUUAAAGUGAUGCGUCGUAAGAGAAUGAAGAUACAGCUCCGCAAAGUUGUGAAAAUUUACAGACGUUUGCAUGGUGGGGGGAGGGAAGGGAAGUUCGUGCCCGCCACCAUAUAAACGUCUUUAAAAGAAGAAGCUACAUCUUCAUUAGUUUUCAACAAAUCACUUUCAAACUUGGCAAUUCUGCUAAUUUAAAGGCGCUCUUUCCAGCGCAGUUGACGAAUUUUCCCAAACCUGUUCACGUCAAAAAUUUAAAAAAAAACGCGGAAAGGUUUAUUAAAGUGCGCUCUUGAGAACUAUUAACACCCCUCACGACAUUGUUGUAAGAUCUUGGGAAGAUUUUUUAAAAAAACCCGUUUAAAUUUCGUCAUAACCGGAGAUCAGGUCGAAUCUUGGCCGCUUUUUUUUGUUCCCCUUGAUUUUUUUUAACCGUUCAAAACGAAAAUAGAGGCUGAACUCAACUUAACUUUGUCACAAAAUCGCCGUAACGUUUUUUUGUCUCCAAGUGUUGAACCCGUUAGAUGUGAAGCAUCUUUCUUAACUAUUGUUUAACUCGUCCAUGCGCAAUGUAGCUAAUAAACAUGUCUUUUCGCUAAACGCGAUUAUUUAUUCGAAAGGGUUGUGAGAAAAUUUUGACUGUUUAGUAACAACAUUGUUAUUAAUCAUUCUAACAAUACUCAUUGUUGUUGUUGUUGUUUUUUUUUUUUUUACAGAAACUGCAUCGGAAAGAUCUGCUACUGAUCCACCAGAAGUCAUCAUUAAUCAGCUUAAGAAUCAGGAUCUUCCCAAAAGUGUGACACACUUCGAUGAUUGCCUACUGCCAGUCGACAUUUUGUUGCUGACGGUCGAGGAUUGUGAAUUUCUAAGCUGUCUGUCAUAUCUGAAUCCUGGUUUCUGUAAGACUUUUCACAGAGAUCUUGGCUUUGUGUACCUCGGAGAUAUGGGAAAAGAUGUAAGGAAGUUAAACAUUGCUGUAAUGAACUGCUACAGGGGUUCCGCCUCUCCAGGAGGAUCCAUGAUUGUUGUAUUAUAUGCUGUCAACGUCUUAAAGCCCAAAGCAGUGUUCUGUGUGGGUUCCUGUACGAGCUUAGACUACGACAAAGUUAAACUUGGAGACAUAGUAAUGUUAGAGAAGUUAAUAACAUAUGGUCCGUGCAAAAUCACGGAGGGUGGCAUUGAAGAACGUGGAUUUAAAGUUCCACUGAAGUCCGGUCUUUUAAAGGUGAAAUUAAGGGCUGGUGAUGGCUGGAAGCCACCUUUAAAGGAUCCAAAAGCACUUGAGGUGAAGAUACAUCAUGGCACGAUUCUGAGUGGACCCGUAGAAGUGAUUGAUAGCCCCAAGCAUUGUAAGGCACUCAUCGAACGAUUCCCAGAAGCAGUUGCUAUGGAAGAAGAGGGUGAAGGUGAGUUUUUAGCAAGAGUGAACAUUUGGUGACCUUGGCCAUUAGACCGUGGCAAGUAGGCAGGAUGACUCAAGUCAGUGAAUUGAAAUAAAUGCCCAAAUCCUUCAAUUUCCUUGUCAGCAGAAUAAAUACCUUUCAGUGAAUUAUUCCAUGACUAGAUUAAUUAAAUGGAAACUACAGGAUCGUUCAGACUGAAUCACUGUAUAUUUAUUAUAUGCUCAGUUCAUCGGCCUGUGCUUAUCGAUGCUUUGCCCUUACAAUCAAGCCGGCUAAAUUACGAAUUGUCAAAUUUUGUUUUAACUAUCUCUCACAAUCCUUUCCAGUUGCCUUUUCUUGGCUUUUCUUACAUUUUCUGAGUUUCAGUCAUAAUUACUUCACUUCUUCAUGUAUUACUAAUCUUUAUUAUAGGCGUGUUUGCUGCGGCUCACGACCUCGACAUUGAGUGGAUCGUCAUUAAAGGGAUUUCGAAUUAUGCGGGUGGCAGUAAAUCAAAAGAGACAUCAUGGAGGCCAUUUGCAAGUUUAAUGGCAGCUUCAGUAACGGCUCAUAUUCUCAGCGAUGCCAUCAUUUUUCAAGACUGGCCUCACUUUGACAGCAGAAGUAAGUACUGA